UGGCGCAUUGUCGUCACUCAUCUGGGACAGCGGCUGCCUCGCACACGGGAGCGCCAUGUGGCUGCCUUCAGCUCUCCGUGCGGUGCUCCUGCUGCAAGCGGCGUCUCUAGCGAUCGGUGCUGGAGCUGUCAGAACUGCAAACGGAGGUGACGCCGACGCGAGGCACUCUGCAGGAAGUUCGUGGAAUCCAGACUUCCGGUUCCAGGCGAGUCUGUGGUGGCACCGGGACGAGUUUCCACUGUGCGGGGCAGUCGUCCUCGAUGAGCGCAACCUGGUCACCGCCGGGCACUGCAUAUACGACGGCAUCAUGAGGCCCACCAGGAGGCCGAUUAACUUCUUACGGAUAACUGUGGGGAGCUCAGACUACCAGAAAGCUACCAGCUACGAUGUGGGCUACACAUACACCCACUUCUACUUUGACACGCUUGGGCUGGACCACGACAUCGCCGUCGUCCGGCUGAAGAAGCCGAUGAAGCUGGGGGAGAAAGUGCGGAGCAUUCCACUGGCGACCAGCGCCCCAGCCCCGGGCACCGUCUGUCAGCUCAGUGGCUGGGGGUCCUGGGCUAACCGAGGCGAAAACAAUGCCACUACAUUACGUCACAUGGAUGUUGUCGUGCAGACGCAGGACAAGUGUUUGGGCCCCAAGGACACUGAUGUCACUACUCCACUCAUCUGUGUGGCUCCAAAGAACGGUGAUGUUUAUACACAUGCUGACGACGGUGGACCACUGACUUGUUCCGGCCAGCUGGUGGGAGUCGUCAUCAGGAACGGCCGCAACGGCCUCGGUGUCGCCGUCACGGAUGUGUCGCUGUACACCGACUUCGUGGCGGAGUCGGUAGCGCACCCCGGGCGUGGCGCCUGGCCCUUCGUGUCGUCACUGCUGACAGGCAUGGCUGAGGCGGGCACCUGCCUCGCCAUCACUGCCCUGCUAGCGCGCAUGUCCAGCGCCCGAUGACGACACAUCCCGGGCACUGCACCACUGGCAGGGGGUUGCACUGCUCGCUAACUGCUGCCUGUGUCCAGUGUCUGCAAAAUGGACGAGAGAGAGAACGUGUCCUGCUCUCUGAUGGGUAGCCACGUUAAUUUUACUGGCUGUGAGAGAGACUCGGAUUUUUUAUCACAUCGCUUUUCCCAAUGUAAAUGUGUAUAUAACGAAUAAAGAAACUCAUUUUUUAGAAAA